AUAAAAGUUAAAAAAUGGGGUUAAAACAACAUGGGAGAAAGUGAAUGUUGUUGAUAAAUAGACUUCAUAGUCGACAAACUUGGUCACACUGUCCUUUCUCUUGUGCACGCUCAUGGCAUUGCCAAUGGUGUCACUUGCUUCUGUCAUAUUUCAAUCCUUCAACUUCAACUUCAACUGUACUUCCCUUUCAUUCCCACACACUUCACAUUUUGUUCGCCGCUUUCCAUGUCACUGCUCACAUUCCCUUCGUUUACCAUGUGGGAGAGAGUCACCAAGCGCCAGGAUAUGUGCUUCAGUUACAGAUGUUUCCGUGGAUGUAGCGGUAGAGGAAAAACGGCUCCCGAAAGGAGAAACUUGGUCUGUUCACAAGUUUGGUGGAACCUGUGUGGGAAACUCAUCGAGAAUAAAGAAUGUUGCGGACAUAAUUAUUAAUGAUGAUUCUGAGAGGAAAUUCGUUGUGGUCUCUGCUAUGUCAAAAGUGACAGAUAUGAUGUAUGGUCUUAUCGACAAGGCUCAAUCCCGUGACGAGUCUUAUGUUUCUGCCCUCGAUGUUGUUUUAGAGAAGCACAGCACAACUGCACAUGACCUAAUUGCUGGAGAAGAUCUUGCUGCUUUUUUAUCGCAGUUGCGUCAAGACAUCACUGACCUAAAAGCAAUGCUUCAGGCCAUAUACAUUGCUGGUCAUGCCACAGAAUCAUUUACUGAAUUUGUUGUGGGACACGGAGAGUUAUGGUCUGCACAGCUAUUGUCUUUAGUAAUUAAGAAACAAGGGAUUGACUGCAAAUGGAUGGAUGCGAGGGAAGUUCUUAUUGUAAAACCUACUCGUUCUGAUCAUGUUGAUCCGGAUUACAUGGAAUCUGAACGAAGACUUGAGAAGUGGUACUCUCUAAAUCCUUCUGAUGUGAUCGUUGCCACGGGAUUUAUUGCAAGCACACCUCAGAAUAUUCCUACUACUCUCAAGAGAGAUGGAAGUGACUUUUCGGCAGCUAUUAUGGGUGCCCUCUUUAAGGCUCGCCAGGUCACAAUUUGGACAGAUGUAGACGGCGUGUAUAGUGCAGAUCCCAGAAAAGUUGGCGAAGCUGUGAUUUUGAAGACAUUGUCUUAUCAAGAAGCAUGGGAAAUGUCUUAUUUUGGUGCCAAUGUCUUACAUCCACGCACAAUAACCCCAGUUAUUCGAUAUGGCAUACCCAUCAUCAUAAGGAAUAUUUUCAACCUUUCUUCUACUGGAACAAUGAUCUGCCAUCCUUCUAUUAUUGGUGAUGAAGAUAGGCUGAUAUUAAAAAAUUAUGUCAAAGGCUUUGCAACCAUAGACAACGUGGCACUCGUAAACGUCGAGGGAACCGGAAUGGCUGGUGUUCCAGGAACUGCUAGCGCUAUUUUUUCUGCAGUAAAAGAGGUUGGAGCGAAUGUUAUUAUGAUUUCACAGGCUAGUAGUGAGCAUUCUGUGUGCUUUGCUGUUCCUGAGAAAGAAGUAAAAGCUGUUGCUGAGGUUUUGCAGUCUUUAUUUCAUGGAGCUUUGAAUGUUGGUCGUCUUUCUCAGGUUGCCAUCCUUCCAAAUUGUAGUAUUUUGGCAGCUGUAGGCCAGAAAAUGGCAAGUACUCCUGGAGUUAGUGCCACCCUUUUCGAAGCAUUGGCAAAGGCCAACAUAAAUGUACGUGCUAUAGCACAAGGUUGUUCUGAGUAUAACAUCACCGUAGUUGUAAAGCGGGAGGAUUCUGUAAAGGCUUUACGGGCCGUUCAUUCCAGAUUUUAUCUGUCGAGAACCACCAUAGCAAUGGGCAUUAUUGGGCCUGGAUUAAUUGGAAGCACACUGCUUGACCAGCUAAGCGACCAGGCUGCAGUUCUUAAAGAGGAACUUAACAUUGAUUUGCGUGUGAUGGGGAUCAUGGGUUCUAAGUUGAUGCUCCUUGAUGAUGAUAAUGGCAUCAACUUAGACAAAUGGAGAGAACUUCGAGAAGAAAAAGGGGAAGUGGCUAAUUUGGAAAAGUUUGUACAAAAUGUGCAUGGAAAUCAUUUUAUACCAAACACUGUGUUAGUGGACUGCACAGCUGACUCCGCCAUUGCUAGCAAUUACGAAGAUUGGCUGUGCAAAGGAAUGCAUGUCAUCACUCCCAACAAGAAGGCAAAUUCAGGACCACUUGAUGAGUAUUUGAGGUUAAGAGCUCUUCAGAGACAAUCAUACACACAUUACUUCUAUGAAGCUACUGUUGGGGCUGGUCUUCCAAUUAUCAGCACUUUACGGGGCCUUCUCGAGACAGGUGACAGAAUAUUGCAAAUUGAAGGUAUCUUCAGUGGGACUUUGAGUUACAUCUUUAACAACUUCAAAGAUGGCCGGCUUUUUAGUGAGGUAGUAGCUGAAGCAAGGGAUGCAGGCUAUACUGAGCCUGAUCCAAGGGAUGACCUCUCAGGAACUGAUGUUGCCAGAAAGGUUAUAAUUCUUGCAAGGGAAUCAGGUUUGAAGCUAGAGCUUUCUGAUAUUCCCGUUGAAAAUCUCGUGCCAGAACCAUUGAGAGGUAGUGCAUCAGCUCAAGAGUUCAUGCAGCAGUUGCCAAAGUUUGAUCAGGAAUUAGCAGAGAAAUUAAAAGAUGCAGAGAGUGCUGGAGAAGUGUUGAGAUACGUGGGAGUGGUGGACGUGAGAAAUAGGAAAGGAGUAGUAGAACUGAGAAGAUACAAGAAGGAUGAUCCAUUUGCACAAGUAUCAGGAUCAGAUAACAUGAUUGCAUUCACAACAAGAAGGUACAAAAGCCAGCCACUCAUUGUUCGUGGACCUGGAGCUGGUGCCCAAGUCACUGCUGCCGGAAUAUUCAGUGACAUCUUAAGACUUGCCUCAUAUCUUGGUGCUCCAUCAUAGAUCUCACAUGUCUCUCCUUUGCCUCUUCUAUUGCAGUUUUCAGCCUUUCAGGGUGUGUGAUAUAUGAAAAUAAACAAAACUGCUACAAUAAAUAACUAGGAUUUUAAUGUAAGCAAGCAUUAUUAGAUGCUGAUUGUAAAUUACACCUUAUGUUAAAAGUGUGGAUGCUGGUGGCCGUUAAAUUUUAAAUGUGAGGCGGUGUUAAAUUCUGUGGAAGUGAGAUAUUUAAAUGUAAUCUCCAAAGUUUUUAUGUAUUUCUCUCUGAGAAAAAAUAACUUGUUUCAUAGUGAACUUAUUAUAAGUAUAGGUUAGAAUUUGUUAA